AUGCCGAGAAAAUAUGUAAGGAAUCAUACAGUAGCCAAAGGGCAGUGGACUGAGGAAAAUUUAAUUCUGGCCAUGGCAAAAGUAAAAAAUGGUGAAAUAUCGGAAAACAAAGCUUCUAGACUUUAUGGAAUACCGAUUCGCACCUUGAGUAGGCGCCUCAAGACUGGUGAUACUAAAAAGACUCGACUAGGUCCUCAAGCAUCACUUGGGAAAGAGAACGAAAAACGAUUGGCUUCUUAUGUCAAACGUCUAGCUAACGCUGGUUUUCCACUUGAUAGAUCGACUAUUCGGUCUCUUGCCUAUCAAUUUGCUGAGAAGCUUGGAAUUCAGCAUAAAUUUCCGAAAGAAAAAGAGAAGGCUGACCAGCAUUGGCUCACAUCUUUUCUAGAAAGAAACAAAGAUGUCUCUGUUCGUCAAGCAGAAGGUCUAUCUGUUGCAAGAGCCCAGGGAAUGAACAGAGAAGAAGUAGGUGCAUUUUUUAAACUACUUGAAGAAGAAAUGGUAAAGCAUGAUUUGACUAACAGACCUGAAAAUAUAUUUAAUGUUGAUGAAACUGGGAUCCAACUUAUAAAUAAACCUGGAAAAAUAUUAACAGCCAAAGGUGCUAAGGACGUUCACGUGAUCACACCUCGAGAAAAAGGAGAAACGAUUUCUCUGGUUGCAUGUUGCAGUGCUGAAGGUCGUUUUCUACCUCCAGUUUUAAUAAUGAAAGGAGUCAAUAAAAAGGCUGAAUUUUCUGAUGUCUACGGGGAUUGCGGUUUAUCUUAUCGCAGUAUUGCUGAUCGCGUCGGUCGAGAUCCUGACGGUUAG